UCAGUUAUAUAACGUUAGAAACCACUGUCUUUAGAUGUCACAUGAAAUUAAGUUAGGUUGGUACGAAAACAUUCACAGGUAACUAACACACUAAACUGUUGUUUUAGCCUCAUUUUGGGGAAAAAAUGAGUGGAAAUGAAGCAUGUGAGUCAUGGAAACAUUAUACGGGUGUGCAGUCAGGGAUUUGCUGAUUAUUGUUCUGUUAUUUCUCUUCACAAUGGACGCAUUUUAUUUCACACGGCAUUUGAACUUGAGUUUUUGGACACCAACAGCUGGUAGUUUUCAUUGCCUUCCUCUGCUGUCUGUUCUGUUCAGAUGAAAAGAAGUUAAAAGCUCCUGCUCUCAGGAGAGACAGGCUGAGAAAAGAGGACAGGAAAGAGGUGAAGAAGAACGGAAAAAAUAAAGAAGACGAGACGUUAGAGGACACUGAUCGAGAGAUAAAACUCCCAAAAGCUGAAGCAGGGGAGACUGCUGCUAAACAGAAUACAACCACAGACCGUCCCGUCAGAGGCGCCACGCUGCGCUCCGCUCUCAGGUACGAGCUCAGGAUGAUCCACGAGAAGAUGGAGGCCAAGAGGAUCGCUCGCAUCGCCGUGGCUGAGAUCAGGGCCUUCCUCGCCGAAGAAGAGGAGGAGAAGGAGAAGGCCUGGGAGCUGAAGAUGAAGACGCUGGAGGUCGCACAGGAGCAGCUGAGGGCGGAGAAGGAGAAGGCGGAGAAGGAGAGGAUGGAAAGAGAGAAAGCGGAGAAGGAAAGGAUGGAGAGGGAAGCAAGGGAGAAAGAGAGGCUGGCUCGAGAGAGGGCAGAGAGGGAAAGACAAGAGACGGAGAGACUGGCCAAAGAAAAGGCGGCCGAGGAAGAGAGGAAACGACUUGAGCGAGAGAAGGCGGAGAUGGAAAAACAGGAGAGAGAGAGGCUUGAAAGAGAGAGAGCUGAAAAGGAGAGGAUGGAGAGGGAGCGCAUCGAAAGAGAAAGAGAAAAAAUAGCCCAAGAGAGGGAACAGUUGGAGAAGGAGAGACGUGAGAAUGAAAGGAUGGCCAAAGAGAUAGAGGAAAAAGAAAGACUGGAGAGGGAACGCAUAGCAAAGGAAAGAGAGCGAAUCGCCAGGGAAAGGGCAGAAAAAGAACGGCUGGAGAAGGAACGCAUUGCAAAAGAAAGGGCAGAAAAAGAGAGGCAAGAAAGAGAACGCAUCGCAAAAGAAAGGGCAGAAAAAGAGAGGCUAGAGAAGGAACGCAUCGCAAAAGAAAGGGCAGAAAAAGAAAGGCAAGAAAGAGAGCGCAUUGCAAAAGAAAGGGCAGAAAAAGAAAGGCAAGAAAGAGAACGCAUCGCAAAAGAAAGGGCAGAAAAAGAAAGGCAAGAAAGAGAACGCAUUGCCAAGGAACGAGAGCGAAUCACCAGAGAGAAGGAGCGUCAGGAAAAGGAAAGGAUAGCAAAAGAAAGGGCAGAAAAAGAAAGACUGGAGAGAGAACGCAUCGCCAAAGAAAAGGAGAGGAUUAUCAUCAUGGUUUACUGGUGA